AAAUUUAGGACAAAUCCUUCCUUCAAAAUUAGAAUAUUUAGAUUUGACUCUUGGUAUUGAAAUAAGUGAUUUUAAAGUAUUCCUAAAAAAUACCCAAGGUACUUUUAUUAAGAAGUUGUUAAUUAGAGAUUCAAUAAGGAAAGCUAAUUAUAAUCUUUUACGUCAUUUAAAAAAAUAUAUAAUGAAGGAGAAAAGAGUCAGGUAUUUGAAUUUUAGGAAUCUUCAUAAGGAAUUGUUUGAUUAUAGAGAUAUAGUGAAAGAAUUUAAGUCACAUAAUGUUAGAGUUCAAAAAUACAAUGAUUUACACUUCGACAUGUAUCAAUUUAUGCAAAAACUUGAUUAAUUAUUUAAUUAUCAUUUAAUAAAUAAAGUUUCUUUAUAU